AUUUGGUUUGGACGACGAUGGAAGCGUUCCUGCGCUGUGGCCCGGGCUGGCCGCUUCUUCCUCCCUUGCUCGACGCUUUGGCAGCGCAGCACAGCGCACUCUUCGAAGACCUGGUGGGCCUCGCCUGUGAACUCCAGCCAACAGCCGAGCUGCACGCGCGCAUAUCCACGGAGCCAAAGCUUCGCCUUCGUGACCCGUCCCAUGCACGUAGUAUCGCUGCCGGGCUCCAAUUCAUUGUUCGCGGCUUGACACUGCAAAAGCUGCAGUAUCCUGUCGCGUCCAUGGGCGCCGAGGUGCAAGCCAGCCACGAAGCAGCGUGGGAGGCCUGCCUUGGCAGUCUUCGCGCCGCAUUGGGCAGCAUUCGGCACCGCGAUGCAAUUGCGCUUCUGCUCCUCAAGCGGUGGAAGCGCCAAGUCCGGGGCGACGCUCCCACAACAGCGACAAGUCGUCUCGCCGACUUGGACUGGCAGCUCGGUGUGCGGCUUGCGCCACCCGCGGCGCCGUCCGUGCGCGUGACGCUCAAGUGGACCAUCCAGGACGCGAGUGGCGCCAAGAACGUCUACCUCCAGGACCUUCCAGUGCACGAGUUUCGCGCGCUGCAUGCCCAAGCGCAGGCCGCCGCCGCGGUCCUCGCGGCCAGCUAACCCCAUUAUCGUGUACUAGUAGUCGACUUGAUACACACUUGAUACAUACAAAUCACGGCUGGUAAAUCGUGUUGUCG